CCAUCCUUUCUCCUACUCCAUAGCCAUUUUCUCUUCUACUUCUUCUUCCUCCUCUGCCUUCCUGCUCCUUCCAAAUCACCCAACUCAUCUCCACAUAUAAAUACCCAACCAAACAUCCCAAAGACACAAACAAAAACCCAACAAAGCAAAAGCUUAUGAGAGCUGCUGCCUUCCAAAAGUCUCUCGUCUCACUGUUCCAUAAGAAUCCCACACUAGCUUCUGCAGUCAUCAAGGGCGGUCUUGGAUCCUCUGUCUCCGACUUUCCACGAAACAUUUUUCGCGCUAGCUGCCAUACCAUGUCUCAAGAUUCUCAGUUCGAGAGCCCGAGAACCGUCGUGAAGAAGGUCUUGGCUAAGCAGCAGAAGGAAGGGGAAGGGGCCACCGUCAGAAGGAGCAUUGGAAGGAUGGAAUUAAGGAACUUGGAUCCAUUUCUUAUGCUGGAUGAAUUCUACGUGUCCCCUCCUGCUGGAUUCCCUGACCAUCCACAUAGAGGUUUUGAAACUGUCACCUACAUGCUGCAGGGAGCCUUCACCCACCAAGACUUUGCCGGUCACAAGGGAACGAUCGGAACCGGCGAUGUUCAGUGGAUGACCGCAGGAAGGGGAAUAAUCCACUCGGAGAUGCCUGCUACUGAUGGGGUCAACAAAGGGCUGCAGCUUUGGAUCAAUCUUUCCUCCAGAGACAAAAUGAUCGAGCCGAGGUACCAGGAGCUCCCGAGCGAGGACAUACCGACAGCAGAAGCGGAUGGGGUUGAGGUCCGUGUGAUUGCUGGGGAGUCCAUGGGGGUCCGAUCCCCCGUCUACACCCGGACUCCAACAAUGUACCUCGAUUUCACACUGAAGCCCAGGGCGCAGGCCCACCAGCCCAUCCCGGAGGACUGGACAGCGUUUCUUUACGUGAUUGAAGGCGAGGGGCUGUUUGGGACCCUGAACUCGCCACCAGCAGGGGCCCACAACGUGCUUGUGCUGGGCAAAGGGGACGGCCUGAGUGUGUGGAACAACGGAUCGAAGCCGCUAAGGUUCGUGCUGAUAGCAGGGCAGCCGCUGCACGAGCCGGUGGUGCAGUACGGGCCGUUCGUGAUGAAUUCGCAGGCCCAGAUCGAUCAGGCGAUCGACGACUAUCAAUACGCCAAGAACGGGUUUGAGAUGGCAAAGCAUUGGAGGUCUCAGUCUUAGGGAGGGAAAAUGACUUGGGAGCCACGAUUAUUGAUAUAUUUUGAUUAUUAUUAAUUUUCUUGUCCUUUUGCAAUGCGUCGAUUAUUUAAAACAAAAAAAAAAUCACUUAGGAAAAUAAUGAAGAAAUAAAUAGCACAGAUUUUUCUUCUUCUC